UCAGAUUCAAUUUACAUAAAGUUGUGUUUUGUUCUAUUGUGUCACUCUAUCAACCUCUAAUUUUGUUCCUUUUCCUCAAUCUAAACACGUGAGAAUUCAGCAAACGAAUAUAUGGAGCUUCUUGGAACGUAACUUCUUUACACUCAAGACAAUUAACAACAAGAUCAUGGCGGCCAUUGAAGGAAGAAUCCCCACGGGCAUUGAAGGAAGAAUCCCCGCGGCGAUUGAAGGAAGAAUCCCCGAGGAUUUAAAGCCAAGGUAUUAUGCCCUUUGCACCAUUGGAGGAAUGCUCAGUGCUGGUACCACUCACCUUGCCACCACUCCUCUUGAUGUUGUGAAAGUUAACAUGCAGGUGCACCCAAUUAAGUAUCAUAGUAUUUCGUCGUGCUUUACUACCUUAUUGAGGGAACAAGGGCCUUCUGUCCUCUGGAAAGGUUGGACAGGGAAGUUCUUUGGAUACGGUGCGCAAGGAGGGUGUAGAUUCGGUCUCUAUGAAUAUUUCAAGGGGGUUUACUCGAAUGUAUUAGUAGACCAGCACAGGAGUCUUGUGUUCUUUCUUAGUAGUGCAUCUGCUGAAGUAUUUGCCAAUUUAGCCUUGUGUCCGUUUGAAGCUGUUAAAGUCAGGGUUCAAGCACAUCCUAGUUUUGCUAAGGGCAUGUUAGACGGAUUUCCGAAGGUAUAUGCAUCAGAAGGCGCACGAGGAUUCUACCGUGGACUUGUUCCACUUUUGGGUCGAAACAUUCCAUUUUCCAUGGUUAUGUUCUCAACGUUCGAGCAUUCUGUUGAUUUUUUGUAUCGUAAUGUUGUCAAAAGAAAAAAGGAGGAAUGUUCAAAAGCUCAACAACUCGGCGUGACAUGUUUAGCUGGAUAUACCGCAGGAUCUGUUGGUAGCUUUGUUUCUAAUCCUGCUGACAAUAUUGUAGCUUCUCUUUAUAAUAGAAAAGCUGAUAGUCUUAUGCUGGCUAUCAGAAAAAUUGGACUAGCCAAUUUAUUUACCAGGAGCCUUCCUAUUAGAAUGUUGCUGGUUGGUCCUUCCAUAACUAUGCAAUGGUUUUUCUACGACACAUUCAAAGUUUUAGGUGGACUGCCAACUAGUGGUGAAGUUGCAGCUGGCUUAGGAGAUGGAACAGGCUAGUUUCAUAGAAACAGAGCUCUGCCGUCACAUUUUUUUGCUGACUCUGCAUGAUUGCAAGUCAUUUUAUUGUAUACACAAGAAUAGUUUGCACAAGUUUUGUUUUCUUAUAGCUCUUCAUUUAGGUUUAGAAUAUGGUAUGAGGUUGUACAAGUCUCUUCGAGCUUAUCUCGAGUUCAAAUCUGAUUUUUUGAACUCAUCUAGUCCUGUCUGACCGUAAAGAUUAAUCUUCACAGUUGUGAAUCAGACCCUUUAUGUUUGAACUUAUACACUUCAAUAGCAUACUAUGAAUUUUACAUAAAGAACAAAAAAUAAAAGAUUUAUUAGCAAUGCUUGUUCUAA